UCUAGUGUGUUUUUUUUAUUUUUGGAGCUGUUAGAGAUAAAGAAGGGACGCUGGCGUUACUGAGGCCAUCUGAUCUGAGAUCAUGACGGCAGCUGUCGAUAUGAAACCGACGUUAACAAUCAUAAAGGCUGAAAAGAUUGACGAAGUGCGGCCAGUGUCAGCUUACCCAAGGCAUAUCCUCUCUCCCUCCAGCCGAGAUCCGGAGUGUGGAGAUGUCCCCCUGCUAACUCCAGGAAGUAAAGAGAUGAUGUCCCAGGCUCUGAAGGCCACCUUCAGUGGCUUCACAAAGGAACAGCAGCGGCUCGGUAUUCCCAAAGAUCCCAGGCAGUGGACAGAAAACCAUGUUGCUGAGUGGCUAACGUGGACAGUGAACGAGUUCAGUCUGAAGAAUGUUGACUUUGACAAAUUCUGCAUGAAUGGAGCCACCCUGUGUGCAAUGGGGAAGGAUCGCUUCCUGGACUUAGCACCUGACUUUGUGGGUGACAUCCUUUGGGAACAUUUAGAAAUGCUUCAGAAAGAGGAUACAAAGCAUUACCCCAUCAAUGGACUGACCUCCAACUUCCAGGAAUCACGUUAUACCUCAGACUACUUUGUCAGCUACGGUGUUGAGCAUGCUCAGUGUGUCCCUCCUUCUGAAUACUCAGAGCCCGGCUUCAUCACAGAGUCUUACCAGACACUUCAUCCCAUCAGCUCAGAGGAAUUGCUGACGCUCAAGUAUGAGAGCGAAUACCCUGCUGUCAUUCUACGGGACACGCCCCUCAACCCGCUGCAGGGGGACUACUUCACUGUCAAGCAGGAGGUGGUAUCCCCUGACAACAUGUGUGUGGGACGCCUCAGCAGAGGUAAGCUUGGUGGGCAAGACUCCUUUGAGAGCAUCGAGAGCUUUGAGAGCUGUGACCGAUUGACCCAGUCGUGGAGCAGCCAGUCUUCAUUUAGCAGCCUGCAACGGGUACCUUCAUACGACAGCUUCGACUCAGAGGACUACCCCACUGCCUUGCAUGGCCACAAGCCCAAGGGCACUUUUAAAGACUAUGUGAGGGAGCGCUCGGACCUCAGCAAGGAUAAACCCGUAAUCCCAGCAGCAGCACUGGCAGGAUACACAGGCAGCGGCCCCAUCCAGCUGUGGCAGUUUCUUCUGGAGCUGCUGACCGACAAGUCUUGCCAGUCCUUCAUCAGCUGGACAGGCGACGGCUGGGAGUUCAAGCUUUCUGACCCAGAUGAGGUCGCUCGGAGGUGGGGAAAGAGGAAAAACAAGCCCAAGAUGAACUAUGAGAAGCUGAGCCGUGGCCUACGCUACUACUAUGACAAGAAUAUCAUCCACAAGACAUCAGGGAAACGUUACGUCUACCGUUUUGUCUGUGACUUAAAAAGCCUGCUGGGGUACACUCCUGAGGAGCUCCAUGCAAUGUUGGACGUAAAGCCCGAUACGGACGAGUGAAAGCAAGGAAGAAAAAGGAUGUGAAGACAAAAGUUAAGGAGCCACGUGGACUGUGGCUCAUAAAGUGGUCUUAACUGUUUGAUAGAGUCGGUAAACCGUUUUUUUGGGGACCAAAAUGUUUUUAAUGACUAAUUGUGGUCUUUGUCAACUUUAAGCUCCUGUCUCACAGACCGUGUUUUAAAAAGAAGGCACAAGCCAAAAGCCUGUUUUCAUACCCUGUUGCAUUUGAGAUGUGUGUGCGCGUGUGAGUGUGAGCGUGCGUAUGUGUGAUAUGUACUGGUAUUAUUUAGCAGCUCAAGGCAGAUGGAGCGCUAUCGGGUAGAGUUCAGGUUCUGUUUUGCCUAAGUAGCACAGCGGGAAGAUGAGAGGACCAAGACAGAAAGUCUAAGAGAACCGAGAAAAAGAGCAAAAUAAAAAUGAUUCAUUUCAUUGUUGGGGUAAACAGAGCGGGCAGAAAGUUCCCGCUAAGAAAAAAAAAAAAAAAACGGCUGCCAAAAUGUAAAAAUCGAACUAGGAGUAUAAUGUCAUAUUUACAUACAUGCUCACUGUUUCUCUUAGGCAAAGAGUUUUCAGCUUGGACCAAAAAGUGUUGAUUCUAAUUUGUUGUUUGAGGAGCAUAUGCUUGUGCCAGUAUUAUAUUAUUGAUGUUGAGAACACCCAAUGUAAACCUACCAGGCAUAUAUUGGAAAAAGUAUUUUUCUUAUGUUGUCAAUGAAGGUAUUACAGUGGAACCAAACAUUAGAUGCCAAGUUCAACUGUUCAGUUCUCUAGGAGCCUUUAACUGAAAUGUGCUGAUUCGUUAUCAGACAACACUAUAGACACUGGCCCUGUGCUUUGAAGGGUAUGAGGACCUGGUGAGAUUACUCAUCCCAAGAGUGAUAGACAGACAACUGAAAGUAGCCGUUGCUUUUGAAACUGACGCUUUCACCUUUACGUAUAUGUUUGCCACCUUGUUAGAGACGCAUAUUGUGACUGAAACUUAUGCAUUUUUGCAUAUACAGUACCACCAGUAUUAGCAAACUGUAGACAAUCUUAUGUGGGGAAAUUCAGGAGUCUGUGGUAAGAAGAGUUGUUUUAAUGUGCAGAUUAGAUGCAUAAUUUGUCAGUUCACUGUCCAUGUUGGUGUUGCUUAGAAUUGUUUGAAUAGUCUUGUCUGUCUGUCUGUACAAUAAAAUCACAAGUGAAACUGUUGAGGGAGUGAUUUUACAAAAUCCUAAGAAUGUUAGAUUUUUUUUCUUUCUUUCGUUCCAUACAUUUUGGUCAAAAGAAGGCGGCUGCAGUGUAGUGUUGAAGGUACAGUGUAGGAAGAGGGGACAGGCAAUAUAAAAAUAUUGACUUGGGAGGAAUGGGAGUUGUAUUGGAUCGAUGAAGGUGACUAAAAGGAAUCUGUGGUUCCUGCAUGUGAUCACUUGUGAGGUCUGACAGAAGUGAUGCAAGUUGGCACCGCUUGGAGGAUUGCAUUAAAUGGGUUGUGUACUGAGUUUUCCCACUGCCAUCGUGGUUUGUAUUUUAUUUUUGGGUUUGUGUGUUACUUGUCUAUGAGCAAUAGUGAGUAACUCAUAUAUGAUUCCACUCGUAUUUGUGCAGUUUGCUCAGAAGACAUGCAUAGAGAUUCACUGAGCAAAUUGGCAGCAGUUUCCUCCCAACAGUGGGAACAGUGGCUGUACACUGGCCUUAUGGGAAAUGCCAAAGUGGAAUAUCAUCUUAGAAUACAAUGUUAUUGUUUACAGUGGCUGAAUGUUACCCAUAUAGAUGAAAAUAGCUUUUGAGAUGUCUAUUUGUACAGAUUGUAUUUCAUAAUGCUUUAUUGAGACCCAGAUUACACAAAUAAGCAAGAGACAAAGCAGGAAUAAUAACCAAAACCCAUGUGAGGUCUUUGGCCACGGUGCUUCGGGUAUCGUCCACAAUGUUGGAGGACAGGGACCAGAAUUCUCUCACAUUUUUGGAAAGUGUUGACUUUUCUUUUAUCUCUUGUUAAUAUGUUGGAAAGCACACAGCUGUAGGACAACGAGAAGCGCCUUCACUGAUCUGGGUUUCCCACUGAGUGUAGAAAGAGAUGCUGUAUAUGUUCAUACUGUUUAAUUGGUAACAAAAGCUUAUCUGCCAUCAUCAAGCACUGACUCACAAAGCCUCACCCAUGAUCGUCAUCAGGAACAAAAAACUCAACAAAUUAAUUCGUAAUAAGCUGCAGUGUACUUUCAUUCUGUUCUGCAUGUAGAUGUCAAGGUUUCAAAACCCUGUUUUCUUUUUUGUUUUGUUCAGGUUCUUUCUCUCAUGUCAGUGUUUUAUGUUAAAGAGCUUUGCUGAGUUUUAAACAUAAUUGUAAUGGUUGUUAGUGCCCUGGAAAAAAGUUUUCUUUUUUUUUUCCCAACACAAGGCCAUAAUAUUAGUAUGGUUGGCUUCAUAAGAUUAACGUGCUAAAAGAAAACCUGUUACCUAAAAUGUUAAUAUUUUGAAAAUUAUUUUGUCAGGAAAUAUAUUAUCGUUAAAUGUCACAGAAUACAAUCUACUGCAGGUCUUAUGUAUUAAUGAACCUUAGUGAGGCAAAUGUAGACACACCAGUAGUUUGUGGCAUAUGCAUAUCGAAUGGAUUCAGAAGGAAAACCUUUUUUGUUUUGGAUGUUUUUUUUUUUUUUGUAUAUUUUAUAGUGUCUCUGUAUUUUUGUUAUGAGAUCAUUUUUAUUGUAUUUAGUUCACAAACAUUUGAAUAUUUUUCAAUAAUUUAUAUUUUAUAAAAGACAAGAGAUGCAGACAGCUGGUGCUUUCAUGGGAAUUUAAAGGUAGCGCAGGACAAAACAAUGUAGCGAAUUUUUGUUUUGUUUUUGUUUUUUAUUCUUUUUUAUACAGAAAAUAGACCUGUCUGCUAGAGAAAAAAGGCUGAUGCUGGCCCAUCAAUGAUUUCUGCUGGAAAGGUUUUAUAAACUGUAGCUUCUAUUUCUAAAAUGUACUUAAUGUACUUCAAAAUGUUAUAAAAUAUAUGUGAACAAAGAUUUCA